AUGGCAUCCAUCAGGCAUUCGACGCUCCACAUCGGCAACUGGGCGAUGACCUGGCUGCAGGCCUUCCUCACUGCCGUCUCGCACAACCGGCCUUUCCAUCGCCCGCUCGGCCGGCACGAAUCGCAGGUCGCCGGCGCCAGCUUCCUGCGAUGCCUGCCCGGUGUGGGCUCGCCAUUUGACACGCCAAGGGAGGCGGCUAUGCCACGCGUGCCGUCAGCGCGCCUGAUGUCGACAAACGUAUUGAGUGGCAGCGGCUGCUGCGAGUCGGAUCAACAAUACCGCAGUUUACUGCGGAUGCAAACAAUCGGCGCGUGGGCCAUGCAGCGUGCGCUCGAGUGCUACAACCGCACCCGUGUGCCUGCGGCUGCGCAGGCGGCGAUCCUUCACUUUCGCUGCUCGGACGCGCCCUUCAGCCGCCACACGGCCUACCACUUUUUGCGCUACUCGGGCUGGCGGCUGCAGAUUGACCGCCUGCUCGCCGCGGGCAAGCUGCAGGCGGGUGAUGCGCUGCACGUGGUCGGCUGCUUUCACCACGAGUCGGAGACGUUUUGGGAGGCGGCGUACGCAACGCGCUUCUCGGUCGAGGCCCAGUGCCGCGCAUACGCGGAGCACCUCGUGCGCCACCUCGCAAACUCGACUCCGCUCGCGCCCUCGCUGCACGAAUGCGAGCACGGCAUGGUGGACGAGUUUGUCGCGAUGCUGCGCGCACCGGCGGUCCUCUCCGCCGCCAGCUCGAUGUCCUUCGUCGCAGGCUACUUUGGCCGUGCGGGCACCUCGGGCGCCUUCCAAGCGGCCAGCCUUCUGGUCGAGGCGAGGAGCGGGCUGGCCGCAACCUCGAGCUGCAAGAACAAGCCGACCUGCCCCGAGGCUGCCACGGCCCUGUCGGGGCCGGCCGGGCAGCUUCCGCCUAACGUCUCGGGCGUCGUGGUGACCAGCGCCGGCGGCGCGGGCACCACCUCCCUCCUGCUCGCCCUCCGGCUCGCCGGGCUGCCGACCAACACAGUCGACGGGAGUGACGGCCUCAAGCACAUGCGCGCGGCGAGGAGCGGGGUCCGCCUACGCCGCGCGCCGCCCCCUCUCGGCACGCGGCCGCUGCUCCUCUUUCUGUACGACGACCCGGUCCGCGCCACUCUCUCCUUUGCGCGCCGCGGCUGGGCCAACUUCCAGGCCUUUCGCCUCGAGGCGGGCGGCGCCCGGUUUCCAAAGCCGCUGCAGAACCACCGCUGCGUCGCCGCCGCGAAGCGUGAGUUCAUCGACGACCAGAGGCGGCGGCGCGAGGCGGAGCCGUCCACCUCCGCCGGCAGCGAGAGCGGGCGCGGCAGCUCGGAGGCGGGCGAGGCUUCCCUGAGCCUCGGAGGCCAUUUCGUAGGCAACGAGAGCGUGCGCAGCUGCUCAGAGACAGUGGCGCUGCGCGGGCUCAGCUCGCCGGGCGCGGCGGAGGAUUGGAUCGGGCUCGAGCGCCACUGGGACGAGUGGGUGGCGGCGGCGUGCGCGGGCCGGCUGCGCGGCAGCGGAGGAGGGCCGCCGCUCGACGGGCGCGGCGCCGUCUGUUUGGUUGGGUUCCUCCGGACGUUUGCUUCGCCGCCCGUGUACGUGGGCAUCGCCAGGGCCGCACGCGCGCUGGGCGACGUCGAUGUCUUUGCGGUCGUCGCCAAUGGGGCCGGCGACACCGCCAAAGGGCAGGCCGGGGCGGUGCCAUCCGAGCAGGUUGCCGCGGCGCGGGCGCACUUGCAGCCCAGGGAGUGGGUCACUGCGCAGCCAGAGAUGGCUCUGCCAGCCGCGUGCCCUAACUGCCUCGGCCAGCUGGCCAAGUUUGAGCAGUGCAUGGCGCUCGUGCGGUCGGCGGAGCGUCGGGACGGCGGCCGCUACACGUGGGUGGUCAAGAUGCGGCCGGAUUGCGUCCCCUGUGGCGACGUGCCGCCCGUCGCCAGCUUGCGGCGGCCCGCAGACAACGUGGCGCUCGCCGCGGGCGGCGACUUGUUUGUGCUCUACCCACGCCCACUGGCGGAGGCCGUCGCGAGCGGCUGGCGGCGGGUGGACUGCCGGCGGCACCACCGUGUGUUUGGCGGCAACCUUACGGGGUGCAACCACGUCGCAGAGGCGGCGCUCCGCGCCGCCGGAGGGCAGUCGCGGACCACGGGCCAGUUUGACUGCGACAUUGUGCGCACCGCGGAGGGAGCCCGCUCCAUGUUUCAGUUUGGAAAGUACGCCCUCCACGGCGCGCUGUGGGGCGACGUGGAGGGGUGGACGCCCAACCGGACCCUGUACAAGGGAUCCGGCGUCGUCGCGGCGACGGCUACGCGCUUCUGCGGCAGGGAGUGGGGCGGGAGUAUCGUAGUCUUUGUUAGUAUCGAGGUGUCGUGA